CUAGAAUUCCCCCUUUGCCUUACACAAUUAGCUUCCAUACAUUGUCCAUACUUUUGUUGACGAGACGGUAGGCAUAUAGACUCAGUCGACUGCCGCCACUCCACUUUCGUCCACUAGUUAGUACGCUUGCCUUGAUCACGGAAAGCGAUGGUCGCGACCGCCCUUCAUGGCGGGCUACAUAGCUCCUGCCCACUUACGGGCAGGGCUCCAAGCCGACGGGCGGGCGCAGUGCGAGUUCGGGCGCAAGUCUGGACCCCGGACCACGCUAGCCAGCGGCCUAAGGGCUGGGAUCGGCCAUGGAUCCAAGCAAACUCCCAGCCAAUUGUAGCACCCAGGACUGCGGAGAUGCAGGGCGAUCCGUUUGGCCUACUUCUGCGGCAGCGCGUUGUCUUUCUGGGCGGCGACGUGGAGGAUUUUGGCGCAGACGCGAUCAUCAGCCAAUUGCUGCUACUAGACUCACAAGAUCCAACUAAGGACAUAAAGAUGUUCAUCAACUCUCCGGGUGGAUCGGUGACCGCGGGCAUGGGCAUCUACGACGCGAUGAUGCUUUGCCGGGCCGACGUGCAGACAUACUGCUUCGGCCUGGCUGCCUCCAUGGGCGCCUUUCUGCUGGGUGCGGGCAAGCGGGGUAAGCGCAACAGCAUGCCCAACGCCCGCAUCAUGAUUCACCAGCCCCUGGGUGGCGCUAGCGGCCAGGCGGUCGACAUCGAAAUCCAGGCCAAGGAGAUCAUGUACCACAAGGCCAACCUGAACCGCAUCAUGGCCGACUACACCGGCCAGCCGCUGUCGCGCAUCGAGGAGGACACCGACCGCGACCGCUACAUGUCGCCGCUGGAGGCGCGCGAGUACGGGCUGAUCGACCACAUCAUCGGCGGCGAGGAGGCGGUGUUCAACGUGAAGGGCAGCCUCAAGAAGUUCCCCAAGGUCCGGGAGGAGCACGUGACUGACAGCGAGGACCUGGUGCGGCGCAACAUCAUGGACGGCGACCCCUUCCUGCAGGAGAGCCCCUCCUGGCGCUUCAAGCAGCCGGAGACGGAGCCGUACAUGCCCAGCCAAGCGCCAGGGUCGCCUUGGUUCCGGGUAAAGAAGGUGCCUAAGGAGCAAUACAAGGAGAUGCUCGAGCAGCAGAGGGAACAGCAGGAGGCAUUGACGGAUGGCAAGAAAUCUGUGAAGGAGCGGAUUGACGAUGCGUGGUAAAGAGGGAGCUGGGCUAGUUCGUAGACGCUAGUAGGGUAGCCCAGACGUAGUAUGGCUGGCAGCACCGCAGUUUUGAAGUCCCAAGUGUAAUGUUUCUGGCAGUUGGUGGCCUUGAUGUGCUGGCCAUGGAAGGCGUAUCUAGAUAAGUUCUAGAUAAGUAAUAGAUUGUUUCCUAUGGAGUGAGUGCCUACUAGCAAAACCUAUGCAUUGGAGAGGUCCAUUGUUGGGCUGACCUGUUUUCUUGCAACAGUCCUCGACAUCAGCCAGCCCGCCAUCAUCACGCUUUCGAGCAAAUAUACUUCCUGUUUGGUAAUUACAGUAUGGUAACUUCCGUGAAAUCCAAUGCCUUGGGGUCCUGUCCUGGCCCGUCCUGGACUAUGGGUCCUACCUUGGAGGAGCCAUCCCUCAGAAAGCGAACAAUAUAUGAUAAUAGUCUAGGUGCGUAACCUGCCCAGAAUAUGAUACUUUGCUGUACUGGUCUGCGAAAUCUUUGCAUGGGUUUCCGUUCUCCUGUCACGCUGUCAGUCUGUCUUGCCCGUACAGGUCUGCUUAAAACUGCGGUCUUUGGCAGGGCUUAUCAUACUAGGUGAAGGUUUUGGUUCCACUUGUUAAAGAAACGAACAAUAGCCAUGCCUUGGAGCCCCUAGGUUUGACCGGCGUUAUUACCUGGACAACAUACCUGUCUCGAGGGAACGUCCGGAGCCAACAUCGACACCUAGGUUGCUUAGAGAGUAGCACAGAUGUCGGGUACAGGAGGCACCGCGAUGUCUUCGGCCUCUAUCUUGGCCACCUUCUUCGCCAUCCUGAGCUGGUAUACCUCCAACAUCGGAGUGCUUCUACUAAACAAGUACCUUCUCUCAAGCACAGGCUUCCGUCAACCGGUGUUUUUAACGCUAUGUCAUAUGCUAGCAUCAUUUCUGAUCGGGCUGCUGGCAUCUGUUUCUCAGUUAAUGCCAGCUAAACAAAUUAAGUCUCGACAGCAAUUCCUCAAGAUCGCUGGGCUUUCAACGUUUUUCUGCAUGUCAGUCGUGCUGGGCAACGCCAGCUUGAAGUUCAUCCCGGUUUCAUUCAAUCAAGCGAUAGGCGCCACCACGCCCUUCUUCACCGCCAUCCUGGCCUACCUCAUGCAAGGCCAAAAGGAGUCUGCGCUCACCUACUACUCCCUCAUCCCCAUUAUGGGCGGUGUCGUGAUUGCCAGCGGCGGCGAGCCCCUCUUCAAUGCCAUCGGCUUCACCUGCUGCAUCCUCGCCACCGCCUUGCGCGCCCUCAAGUCCGUGGUUCAAUCCCUGCUCAUGACGGACCCCGCCGAGAAGCUCGAUCCCAUGAGCCUGCUGCUCUACAUGUCUGGGACGUCGGUGCUGCUGCUGCUGCCCACCACGUUGCUGCUGGAGCCCACAGCGCUGAGCCAUGCGGCGUCGCUUAUGGAGACCUCGCCGGGAUUCCUAUACUGGCUGAUCGGCAACAGCUGCCUCGCGUACUUUGUCAACCUCACCAACUUCCUGGUGACCAAGUACACGAGCGCGCUGACGUUGCAGGUGCUGGGCAACGCCAAGGGCGUGGUGGCGGCGAUUGUGUCGGUCAUGGUGUUCCGGAACACCGUGACGGUGCAGGGGGCGGGUGGCUAUGCGGUUACGGUGGCGGGGGUGUUCCUGUAUUCGGAGUCUAAACGCCGCGCGAAGGCCGCGGCGGCGUCGGUGCAGGUGAAGACGGUAGAGGGCGGCAAGGGCCCGACGAUGGCGGCGGCGGCGGAGCGGGAGCCGCUACUAACCCGGGAUGAGCUGCACUUUCGAGGAGCGGAACGGGUUUGAUAUUGGCAGCGAGAUGAGUGGAGACGGAGGGAAUGGAUAUGGACGUGGAGUAGCUGGAGGAUGGGGCGGAGAAGAACGAGGGAUGAUGCAUGCAGGGGUAUUGCGGCCGAAGGUGCUAGCAGGAGCUCUAGGGCUUGGAGGGCGCUGCGCAGCAGGCAUAUGGAGAGCGGAUGUGUCAGGCGUCGCGCUGAAAACGCAUUUGCAGCGGCGGCAGCAGCAGCUGUGUUUACGCAGAUGCCUCCACAGAGCGCAUGCCACACGCAUGGCAUGUGCAGUUAGGGUAGUGCAGUACCAGUGGCGAUCGGGGUUGCGGAUUCCACCACACACGUAGUGACAGGAACAAUUGCGUAGAAGUUUCUAUAUGCGGUAUUGGCUAGAUGCUUCCUUAAGAAGGCAUACCUAACUAUUUGACCAGUAAAACGUUUACGUAGAUGUCGACCUGAAAUGGGUUCAUGACGUUUCCAUGUGGCCAUGUGUAAACAUGACGCAUUAUUUGCUUUUCAACAUACAAGUGCAAGAAGUUCAGCUUUGCUGGCGCGGUUUCGCUGCUUCGUACUGAGUGUGCUGUUGUACGUGGACUGCUGUGUUACAGUGUUAGACAGUGUGGCUUCAGGCUGCAAAUGGGGUUUGUUGGGUAUGUUCAGUGGUUUGGUCUCGGUGGUGCGGAAGAGUAGCUUGCCGUUAGCUCCCACACUGAAGUCCUUGUAGGAUACUGGCCUUGCUGGCUGUCGGAUAAUCCUGUAUUCGAGAACAUUCGCGCACGGAUGUGCAUCCUGUGUUUAGGAGAUGCUGUUCUGCAGGCGUAGUUUGACGCCUUCCAAACCCUGGAUGGAUCAUGGAUGGUGUGUGCACAAUGACCCGUGUAUGCUGCACCAGAACGCCGUACAAAGACGUGGUCCUCAUGGGAGUACGGCAACAGAGCCCAUGGGUUUGCAGGGUUUCCCACUUGCAGGUGGUGAGGAUGGGUGGUUUAAAGGAUUGUCAAAAGCUGCACAUUCUUGCUCAACGUGACGACAUAAUCCUGUUCUGCAACAGCUCAGUGUAUCCUGCAGUACUGCGUUUUGCUAAGCCAUCUCUUGUACAUUGGGAGUACGGGAAGCCGCGCGCGCAAAAAAGUGGCACAGAACUUGAUAGGACGGGGCGCUCCCGCUUAUACCGCUCCUGUAGUAAGCGUAUGGCAUGCUUUCUCGCCAGCUGUCGUCCACUAGAGCACUGGAGGACUGCUGCAAUGAGGGAACUAAUCUUGUAAACGGGAUGAGCGUGGAUCCAUCCUUGGCAAUCCGCAGUGAUCGUUAUUUAAAUACUGUACAACACAUGCAGCUGCCGUACCUAUAUAAUGUAACCGCUUCCUGGAGCAAGGCACGAUUGUUUCAAGCUGGUUGUCGGUUGCUAGCUGUCUGUUCGUGUUCUUUCCCAGCAGCUAGUUAAUCCCUGACUUUUCCCGCAGCAAUGACUGUAGUUACCGACGCUGACGCAGGACCAGCUGCUGAAAUUGAUAGGGCCAUAUCAGAAUUUCAGAAGAAGAAAGAUGAAUGGAUGCAAUUGCCCAUAUCGAAGAAGAUUGCGCUUUUGGAAGCUGUUCGUGACCGCUUAGCACGGAAGAUGGUGGCUUUAGGGCGCGCUGGGGCAGAGGUUAAGGGCGGAGCAGACGAGGCCAGCAUAGUCGGCGAGAUGCUCACCUCGGUCGCCCUGCCUGCGGUCUACAUCCACAAGCUGCUGCACACCCUCAGGAGCAUCCAGGCUACCGGGAAGCCGCCCGCGCUUCCCUGCCGUACGACAAGCAGCGGCCAGAAAGCCGUACAGGUGUUCCCGCUGACCUUGUACGACCGCUGCAGUCUGCUACAGCCGGGGGUCACCGUGGAGCUGGUGCUGCAGCCGGGAGAGGAGACUGUACGGCAGGGGGAGAUGUACGACAAAGAGGGGAAGAUCACUGGCCAGCAGGGCUGCAUCUGUGUCGUACUGGGAGCUGGCAACCACGGUUUCCUUGCUCUGAAGGACGUGCUGGUGUGCCUGUUCGAGCGCGGCCAGGUGGUGGCGCUCAAGCCGCACCCGCUCAUGGCGGCCUGGCAGCGGGAGGCGGACCAGGUGCUGGCGCCGCUGGUGGAGGCCGGCUACGUGCGCAGCCUGCACCUGCCCUCCCCGCAACUCACCCGGCGGCUGCUGCACCACCCGGGGGUGGGCGCCGUACACAUGACGGGCGGCACCGCCACCCAUGACGCAAUCGUGUGGGGCCCCACCCCGGAGGAGCAGCGCCGCCGCCGCCGCGACAACGACCCGCUGCUAAAGGUCCCCGUCACCAGCGAGCUGGGCUGUGUGACCCCCUGGCUGCUCGCCCCCGCGCGCUUCACCCCCGCGCAGCUGGCCGCUCAGGCGCGGGUGCUGGUGCUGGCCGCCACCUCCAACGCCGGCUGCAACUGCAACAGCGCCAAGGUGCUGGUGCUGCCGGGCGACUGGGAGCAGGCGGGGGAGUUCCUGCAGGAGGUACGGCAGGUGCUGCGUACGACACCGCAGGAGCCGCCGUACUACCCGGGCAUUAGGGAGCGGUACGAGGCGUUCAAGGCUGCCUACCCCAAGUCCGAGGUGAUUGAGGCGCCCGCGCGGCCCACUAGCCGACCCAUGGGUCCUCCGCUGCCCUUCCUCCUGAACGUCCUGGAUGAACUCCCCGCCGACCCCAAGACCGAGUACGCCUUCAAUGUCGAGCCCUUCGCCCCCGUGCUUACGGUUGUCCGGCUGCCCACCCGCGGCGCCCCGCACUUCCUGUCCGCCGCCACCCGCUUCGCCAACGAGUGCCUAUGGGGCAGCCUGAGCUGCAGCCUGGUGCUGCACCCGCAGCUAGAGAGGGAGCACCCCAUGGAGGUGCAGAAGGCCCUUGACCAGCUGCGGUACGGGGUGGUAGCAGUCAACUCCUGGUCCGCCAUGUCCUUCACGGUGGGGCCCUGCACCUGGGGCGCAUUCGCGGGGGGGCAGAGCCUGGCGGAGGUGGGGUCGGGGCUGGGGCUGGUGAGCAACCCCUACCUGGUGGAGGAGGUGCAGAAGGCGCUGUAUCGCGCGCCGCUGCAGGGCCCGGCGGUGCCGCAGCCGCCGCACCUGCAGCCCAUCCCGCUGGGGGUGGCGCGGGGGCUGCUGGGGUUCGUGGUGGGGGGUGUGGCGGGGGCGGUGCGGGCACUGUGGAGGGUGGGGUGAUGGAGAAAAGGGAGGGGGGUUGGGACGAAGUGGGAAACCCGGUUUCCCGACGUGAGGAGGCUGAGGCAAAGGGUGGAUGGACAGGAUAGGAGAGGGCUUGAAUGCGUGCGUGUGUACAACGGCUGAUGCAAGUGUGCGUGUGUGCGAGGAGUGACUGCCGUACGGUGCAAUCUGCAGGACCCCUGGCGCCACUGCGUGGUAUGGGUGCUUUCCUUGCUGCUUGUGUUCCAUGCUAGUUAUUUUACUGGUGAUCCUGUCAAUCUUGUUUGUCGAUUGUACACUGUCGAUUGUACACUUGUCGGUUGUACUUGUCUAGAAUGCCUUCAUUAUGUCGGUGACAGUGCGGUACGUAUGAUGUACGGUACAUGCUUUUAGUGCCGCGCGUUGUGAUCUUGGCUGUUGAAACGAAGCGUGACGAAGGACGACACCCCGUGAUAAGGGCGGUGUGCGGCAGGGCUGGCUAGAUGGUGGUGCAUUGAACUGGAUGGGCUAAUUUUCAGGUCACGUAUAUGGCCCAGUGGAGGCGAUGAUUGUGCGUGAAAGUCUGUGAAGUUGCGUACCUGGCGAAACCACUUGUGAAUUAAUGCCGUAGCUGGGCGUGUAUUCUAUGAUGGAACUGUGCAUGCACUGUGCAUGGGAGAAAGGAGUGAGGCUAGCGGUCUGUAUCAUAAUAGCAUUUACCGUGUGCAGCAAUG